ACAUGCCGGGAUCUCAGUGGUUGUUCAGAGUGGCAUGAUUUUUGGAAUUUCAGAGGGAGAACAGCAUCUAUUAGCCUAUGUAAUAAUGUGCUUUUGUAACUUAUAUUAUAAGUGCUGCAGAGAGAUGGAUGAAAUAAGUGAAUAACGGACGGAAAGAGAGGAAGCUAGGCUGCCCCAGACAAGACGGGGGAGAAGGGGAGGAGCAGGGGGGAGGCAUGGAGGCCCCGAAGCAGAGACAGUGUCAACAGGAGGAAGUGAGCAGUGAGGUGUGGCAGCCACCCAGCACAAACAGUGCCCCAUCUGCGGAGGGGAGGGCACGGCGAGGCCAGCUCACCCUACCCGUCAUAAACCUGGACAGGCUGCGGGCGGCCAAGGCUGUGGUGGACAAGGCAGUAAAGCUGCGGAAGGUGUUCUCCAUCCACGGGCCGUACCCUGUGGUACGGGCGGCCCUGCGGGCGCGAGGCUGGGUGGAGCACCGCAUGCCCCGCCAGGGCCCGCUGCGCCGCCGUCGCCGUGCCGACGAGGAAGGGGACAGGAACGACGUGGACGACAGCGACGAUGACGACGACGAUGGCGACGGUGAGAUUUUGGACAGUCCAGAGGAGGUAGAGAAGGAGGAUGACCCAGAUAACAUGUAUGAUCUCAUGUCUCGCAUGGUUCGGAAUGAAAUGACAUAUUUCUAUUGGACAACACGGAGAGACACCAUUGACAAUCGCACACUCAGGAAGGAGCAGAUGACCAAUCAUUUUGCAAGGGCUGGCACUUUCACCACCAAGGUGGGGUUAUGUGUGAACCUCCGGAGCCUGCAGUGGUACGCUGCAGCAGAUCCAGACACCUUCUUCCCACGCUGCUACAGGCUCGGUGCGGAGGAUGAGAAACACACUUUCAUCGAAGACUUCCGGAGGACAGCAUGUACCAGCCUUCUGCAGUGUGUGGUGGAGAGGACUCUGGGAGAAGGACAAGAGUUUGAGGAAGCAACUGACCAUUCACCACAGGGUCAGAAGAGGUCGUGCAGGCGUCGGGCUGCCACUCUGGUGCCGUCCUCUGUGAUCCAGAGAGCCCUGUGUGUGUGCCAGGAGUUCAUGGACAGCCUGGAGCACAGCGACAUUGAUGUUGCCAUGGAGACAUCCCCCACCCUCACACAGCAGGAGUGGGAUGAGUUCAUUCACAACUAUUACAGGGUUGUGCAUGACGGGGUGGAGAUUGAGGCCAGUGAUCUCUAUGCAGACAGCUGUCAGGCCAUGCUGCAGAGGCUGCGGGAGGUCAGUCCACAGCUGAACACUGAUGGGAUCCACAACAUCUGGAUCAUCAAGCCUGGGGCCAAGUCUCGCGGAAGGGGCAUCAUGUGUGUGAAACGCCUGGAUGAGAUCCUGAGGCUGGUGGACAGUGACCCUGUUCUCAUCAAGGACAGUAAGUGGGUGGUGCAGAAGUACCUGGAGCGCCCUCUCCUGCUCCACGGCACCAAGUUCGACAUACGCCAGUGGUUCCUGGUGACAGACUGGAACCCGCUCACCAUCUGGUUCUACAACAAGUGCUACCUGCGCUUCUCCACUCAGCCCUACUCCCUGAACACACUGGACAGUUCAGUUCACCUGUGCAACAACUCCAUCCAGAAGCACUUCCGGCCGUCGCAGCUGCGGCAUGCGGAGCUGCCUGAGGACAACAUGUGGUCGUGUGAGCAGUUCCGCGCCUUCCUGGAGCAGCAGGGCCGGGGGGCGGAGUGGGAGGGCGCGGUGGUGCCGGGGAUGCAGCAGGCGGUGGUGUACGCCCUGAUGACGGCUCAGGACCUGGUGGAGUGGCGGCGGGGCAGCUUCGAGCUCUACGGGGCGGACUUCAUGCUGGGCCGCGACCUGCGGCCCUGGCUGAUCGAGAUCAACGCCAGCCCCACCAUGGCACCCUCCACCGGCCUGACGGCCCGGCUGUGUGCCGCUGUGCAGGAGGACACUCUGCGUGUGGUGCUGGACCGGCGGCUGGACCGCAACGCCCACACCGGGGGGUUCAAGCUCAUUUACAAACAGGCUCCAGUGGAAGUUCCACAGUAUGUGGGGGUCAACCUGCUGGUGGAGGGGGCUCCUCUCCGGCGACCUCGGCCCCCACCUCACAGAAUCCCAGUCCCAGUCAUCCCUGCCCCCUUCUCUCUACCUCGUGCCAUCAAGUCAGGCCCCCAAAGCCUCCUUCCCAAACACCACACCGCAGUCAGAGAGAAUAAGACAGUGACGGAGAAGAAGAGAUCUCCUCAGUCCCCUGGACGGUGGAGGAAGGGCAUGGUGCGACAGUUCACCUUCUCCAAUCUCAGGGCGCCCCCCGUGGGAGCCCCGGAGCGCCCCACCCUGACCUCGGAACCCAAGAAGGUGCAGCGGGUGAGGUUGAGCCUCACCACUUUAGAGGGCGUGUCCCGCUCUCAGGACCCCCCCUGGACCAAGUCGUUCCCCUGUGGCCACACCCCCCGGCCCCGCAACACCCGCCUGCUUCCUCUACCCGACUCCAGCUAUGUCCCCAGUGGCCCCAUCCUGCCGCUGGAGGUCAUUAGCCUGCAGCAUGGUCUGCUGGGUGCCGGACACCCCUUUGACUCUGCCUCGCACCCUGGACUCCAGCUGCAUCCGCUCUCGCACUUACGCAGACAGGUCCGGGCCAAUCAGGAAGGCUGCCCUGGUGUGAAACAGCCCUUGUGACAGAGCCUCUCAGCAGUGUGACACAACACAACCUUCUGUAGGCGACUGCAGGUGUCCCCAACCCUUUUCAUCUCAACGAUAAACAUUCGAGACAUUUAGCCAAUACCCUAUGCUGGCUAAAGUGAGUUGCUGAAGAAUAGCUGGCACAGAAGCAUGUCUGAAUAUUGAUAUAAUUACAGCAUGUUUACAACAACAAUGUGAUGGUCUGCAUUUUGUCAUCUCAUAUUCACUGUUUCAUUUCUAAACCAAUGUGCUGGAGCACAAAACAACAGAAAUUUUGUUACUGACUAAAUACUUACAACUGCUCUGUAUCUUUUAUUUAAGUGUUAUAUUUAUAUGUAUAAUAUUUAAAUGAGCGCAGUUAUGAAAACAAAGCUGUAUUUCAUGAUAUUCAUAAAAAAUAUAAAUAUUCUCUUCAAAAUAUCUGUAUUUUCCUCAGGAAAAUCUCAGGGUCUCCAUCAAGAAACACUGCGGGUCACCAAACCCAGAGCGAUGGGACCCCCUGUUGUAGUCCUUUUCAU